AAAUGUGUGUAUAUACAUAUAUAUAUGUGUACAUGUAUAUAAUCAUAGUUAUUCACAGUUAGUGACUCACCAUGAGAGAUGCUAAAUUGCAAUAAUUGAUUGGUCUUGAAUAAUAAGAACGUUUUCACAUUUUAUUAUGCUUAUAGUCACAGUUUCAUAAAGUUAUUAACAUUAUAUUUGCAACUGAAAGCUAAUAAUAAACCCAAGUAAAUAGAUCCUUCACAAGUUAAAAAUACAAGUUUUAAUAAAUAUUGAUAAACUGAAGAUUAAUUGUUAUUUAUUAUAAAUGGAGGGAAAUUGUGAAAACAAUGAAGUUUCUAAGUCAAACCCAUGGCCAUAUAUGAAUGUGGGUUCACUAACUAUAUCAUUUCUUACCAAAUUGGCAACUGCUGGUAUCAUUUGGGGAUGCGGAUAUUUAAAUUUAAGUAUAGCAUGGUUGAUUGCACCCAUUGCUUUAGCAGCAUGGAAGACGGAACGAAGGAAAGACAAUGAAUUAAAAGCAAUUACUGCAAAAGCAAGCGUAAUGGCCAAAGAGAAAGAAUUGAUAAUGAGUCGAUUAGAUGAAUUGCCGUCAUGGGUUUAUUUUCCUGACUUUGACAGAGCUGAAUGGCUAAAUAAAGUUCUUUACAAAGUUUGGCCAAAUAUAAACCAUUUUGCUCGAGAAUUAUGCAAACAAAGUAUAGAACCUGCUAUUGUUGAGAAAUUAACAGAGUACAAAAUAAAAGGAUUUCAAUUUGAUAGAUUAGUUCUGGGUCGUAUUCCUUUGAAAAUUUAUGGAAUCAAAGCUUAUGAUAAAAACACUUCAAGGAAUGAAGUUAUAAUGGAUGCUGAUAUUAUGUAUGCUGGGGAUUGUGAUAUUACUUUUUCUGUUGGAAAUAUAAAAGGCGGUAUUAAAGAUUUUCAGAUUCGUGGAAUGAUGAGAAUAGUUAUGAAACCACUGAUACCAAUUAUGCCUAUAAUUGGAGGUGUACAAGCAUUUUUCUUAAAUCCUCCAGCUAUUAAUUUUAAUUUAGUAGGAGUAGCGGAUGUCCUUGAUUUACCUGGAUUUAACGAUAUAUUAAGAAAAACGAUAGUAGAACAAAUUGCAGCCUUUGUGGUAUUGCCAAAUAAAAUUGUUAUACCUUUAAGUGAAUCAGUACCUGUUGAAACAUUGAAAAUGCCUGAACCAGAAGGAGUUCUAAGAAUACAUGUAGUAGAAGCAAAGCAUCUUAUGAAAAAGGAUAUUGGAGUAUUGGGUAAGGGAAAAUCGGAUCCAUAUGCAAUUAUAAAUGUAGGAGCACAAGAAUUCCGAACAAAAACUAUAGACAACACUGUGAACCCAAAGUGGGAUUUUUGGUGUGAGGCUGUGAUCUGCUCAUGUAUAAUGCAGAAGGCUAUGGUGUUUCUGUGGGAUAGGGAUGCAAGCAUCCCAUGUGUUCAGUAUGAUGACUUCCUUGGCAGAGCUAGUAUCGAAGUUAGUCGAGUAAAGAAGAAGGGAAAUAUUGACACAUGGGUCUCAUUAGAGCAAGCAAAACAUGGUAUGGUUCAUCUACGAUUAACAUGGUUCCAAUUUUCAAAAAAUGUUGCUGAUUUACAAGCUGCUUUGAUGGAAACUCAAGAACUUCGAAUAACAUCUAUGAGUACAGCUCUUCUCGUUCUUUACAUUGAUUCAGCAAGAAAUUUGCCAUGUGUUCGAGGAAAUAAACAACCGGAUGUUUAUCUUGAAGCAAGUGUUGGUGGAAACACGAAAAGAACAGCUACAAUGUUACGAUCUUGUGAUCCAGUAUGGGAACAGGGUUUCACAUUUUUAGUUAGCAAUCCAGAAACUGGUAUUUUACACCUAAAGAUUACAGAUGAAAAGACUACUCUUGUUGUAGGAGAAAUGAAUUACAAUAUCUCUUUACUUUUAAAACAGAAUAAUCUUGAAAUUACACAACAGCCCUAUGACCUACAAAUGGCCGAGGCUGAUAGCAAAAUAAUAUUGUCUAUGUCUUUAAAUAUUUUAAAAUAUGAAGAACCUGAACCUACAUCAGAAGAGGACGAUGACGAUCAUGAUAUUAAUCAGCUAAAGAAAAGAAUUGACCGUCAAGAAUCGAAUAUUAGUAAUACGCUAUCAUCUAGUCUUCCCCCUAGUCCGUUGAAAAAACAACCAUCGAAAGAGUCGAUUAAUAGUUUAACACGUAGUACUGAAUCAGGUGGAGCAAUUGUACCUGAAGAAACAGUUGCACCAAACGAAGAAUUAAUUGUUACUAAUACUGUUUCAUCUCUUAAUGAAAGUCCUCAGCUACUUCAUAGAAAUUUAAGUGUAACAUCAUCGUCAGGCGAAGCUAAAUUGGGACGAAUACAAUUGUCCUUACGUUAUAGUGUUCAAAGGCAAAAGCUUAUAAUUGUAGUACAUAAAAUAGCUAACUUACCUCUCCCGCAUAAUGAUCCAUACAAUAUACCAGACCCGUAUGUAAAACUCUACCUCUUACCAGAUCGUUAUAAGGAAACGAAACGUAAAACAGCGGUAAUGAAAGACAAUUGCAAUCCAAUUUUUGACGAACAAUUUGAGUAUGUUGUUUCUCAAGGUGAUUUAAAUUCUCGUACAUUGGAAAUAUCAGUAUGCACUCAAAAAGGCUGGUUAUCUGCUGGAAGUAAAGUAAUGGGUCAAGUACAUUUAAAUUUGAGUGAAAUUGAUCUUACAAAAUCUUCUACAAGCUGGUACGAUUUGCAACCAGAGACUAAAGACUAGAAAUUGAAGAAAAGCAAGUGGAGAUUCGCACAGUUGUUCAUGUGUUUCUGAAAACCGACUGUCGUUGAAUUUUCACAAUGCAAUCUCUAAAGCUCUGAAACGUCUGAAGCUCAAGUGAAGUGAUCAAACAAAGAAACGAAAAUUAUAAAAUAUUUGCUACUUUAAGCUUUACAAAAUGUAUGAAAGUAACAGCAGUUACAUUUAUUUGUUUAUACUUCGACCGUCCACUGACGCUAAAAAUUUUAUUUCUGUAGAUGCCUUAUACAUCGUUUAACGUAUUGUUUACAUUAUUUAAGCUUAUAGAAUAUUUUUAACGAUAGUAAGUGCCAUCAAAAUGGUCUAUUCUUACAAAGUAUUCACGUGAUCUGCAUAGAAAUAUUUAUAUGCAUAAUAUUACUACCAUACACAUAAUAAUUCAUUAGAUAAUUGCAAAACACGCAAUUUCAUAUUUUAUAUGAAAAUUUAAUAGUUGGAUUAUUAUGUUCAUUUACGCUUACAUUUACAAACGCUGAAUGUUUGAUUUUGCUUCUGCUACGCUUAAUUGUUCCUUUGUUUUAUGUAUUACUAACUAUAUAGAUGACGCAUUUAUCUAUGUUAAAAGAUAUAUUAAUAAUUUUAUGAUCUGCACAUUAUAUUAUUAACUAAGAAAUAUAACGAUUAAAAGUACUGUUCAAUAUUUAUAGUUAAUAUAAACAGUUGAAUCAAAUUAACAUAUACAUGUUAUAUUUAUACGAGAGUUUUUGCUAUAUUGUAUAUUAAUAUAUAUUAUAUAAAUUUAUGUUUUUUUUAUACUGGUGAAAAAUGAUACCAGUAUAAUGUUACAAGUUAUUGACGAAGAUAAUAAAUAAAUAUACAGUUUCAAA